UCUAGGGCCUAGGCGCAGACGCACUGAGCCCAAGCAGCCGGUGAUGGCGGCAGCAGCGGCGGUGGCUGCGGCGGGUCCGGGCCCAUGAGGCGACGACGGAGGCGGGACGGCUUUUACCCAGCGCCGGACUUCCGAGACAAGGAAGCUGAGGACAUGGCAGGAGUAUUUGACAUAGACCUGGACCAGCCAGAGGACGCGGGCUCUGAAGAUGAGCUGGAGGAGGGGGGUCAGUUAAAUGAAAGCAUGGACCAUGGGGGAGUUGGACCAUAUGAACUUGGCAUGGAACAUUGUGAGAAAUUUGAAAUUUCGGAAACUAGUGUGAACAGAGGGCCAGAAAAAAUCAGACCAGAAUGUUUUGAGCUACUUCGGGUACUUGGUAAAGGGGGCUAUGGAAAGGUUUUUCAAGUUCGAAAAGUAACAGGAGCAAAUACUGGGAAGAUAUUUGCCAUGAAGGUGCUUAAAAAGGCAAUGAUAGUAAGAAAUGCUAAAGAUACAGCUCAUACAAAAGCAGAACGGAAUAUUCUGGAGGAAGUAAAGCAUCCCUUCAUUGUGGAUUUAAUUUAUGCCUUUCAGACCGGUGGAAAACUCUACCUCAUCCUUGAGUAUCUCAGCGGAGGAGAAUUAUUUAUGCAGUUAGAAAGAGAGGGAAUAUUUAUGGAAGACACAGCCUGCUUUUAUUUGGCAGAAAUCUCCAUGGCUUUGGGGCAUUUACAUCAAAAGGGGAUCAUCUACAGAGACCUGAAGCCGGAGAAUAUCAUGCUUAAUCACCAAGGUCAUGUGAAACUAACAGACUUUGGACUAUGCAAAGAAUCUAUUCACGAUGGAACAGUCACACACACAUUUUGUGGAACAAUAGAAUACAUGGCCCCUGAAAUCUUGAUGAGAAGUGGCCACAAUCGUGCUGUGGAUUGGUGGAGUUUGGGAGCAUUAAUGUAUGACAUGCUGACUGGAGCACCCCCAUUCACUGGGGAGAACAGAAAGAAAACAAUUGACAAAAUCCUCAAAUGUAAACUCAAUUUGCCUCCCUACCUCACACAAGAAGCCAGAGAUCUGCUUAAAAAGCUGCUGAAAAGAAAUGCUGCUUCUCGACUUGGAGCUGGUCCUGGGGAUGCUGGAGAAGUUCAAGCUCAUCCAUUCUUCAGGCAUAUUAACUGGGAAGAAUUGCUGGCUCGGAAGGUGGAGCCCCCCUUUAAACCUCUGUUGCAAUCCGAAGAGGAUGUGAGUCAGUUUGAUUCAAAGUUUACACGUCAGACACCUGUUGACAGCCCAGAUGACUCAACUCUCAGUGAAAGUGCCAAUCAGGUCUUUCUGGGUUUUACAUAUGUGGCUCCAUCUGUACUUGAAAGUGUGAAAGAAAAAUUUUCCUUUGAACCAAAAAUCCGAUCACCUCGAAGAUUUAUUGGCAGCCCACGAACACCUGUCAGCCCGGUCAAAUUUUCUCCUGGGGAUUUCUGGGGAAGAGGUGCUUCAGCCAGCACGACAAAUCCUCAGACGCCUGUGGAAUAUCCAAUGGAAACAAGUGGAGUAGAGCAGAUGGAUGUGACGAUGAGUGGGGAAGCUUCAGCACCACUUCCAAUACGACAGCCGAACUCCGGGCCAUACAAAAAACAGGCUUUUCCCAUGAUCUCGAAACGACCAGAGCACCUACGUAUGAAUCUAUGACAGAGCAACGAUUUUAAUGAAUUUAAGGCAAAAAAGGUGGGGAAAGGAUGUGUGAGCAUCCUGUAAGUUGAAACAGGAAGACUCAAAAUGACAGUCUCGAAGAGUUAGUGUCAUUACAUUGAACACUUUGGACAGAGGAAGAAUAAACAUGGAUUUUAAAAAAUCAAUCAAUGGUGCAAAAAAAAAAAAACUUAAGCAAAAUAGUAUUGUGGAACUCUUAGGCACAUCAAUUAAUUGAUUCCUAGCGACAUCUUCUCAACCUUAUCAAGGAUUUUGAUAUUGAUGGCUCGAACUGACAGUAUUAAGGGUAGGAUGUUGCUUCUGAAUCACUGUUGAGUUCUGAUUGUGUCGAAGAAGGGUUAUCCUUUCAUUAGGCAAAGUAUGAAAUUGCCUGUAAUACUUGCAACUAAGGACAAAUUAGCAUGCAAGCUUGUUCAAACUUUUUCCAGCAACAUGGAAUCAAAGACAAAAGAAACUUAACAAUUGAUGUUUUACGUGCAAACAACCUGAAUCUUUUUUUUAUAUAAAUAUAUAUUUUUCAAAUAGAUUUUUGAUUCAGCUCAUUAUGGAAAACAUCCCAACUUUAAAAUGCAAAAUUAUUGGUUGGUGUGAAGAAAGCCAGACAACUUCUGUUUCUUCUCUUGGUGAAAUAAUAAAAAUGCAAAUGAAUCAUUGUUAACCACAGCUGUGGCUCGUUUAAGGGAUUGGGGUGGACUUGGGGUUUAUUUUCAGUAACCCAGCUGCAAUACCUGUCUGUAAUACUAGAAAAAAAAUUAUUUAAUCAUUUCUACUUGCAGUACUGCUAUGUGCUAAGCUUAACUGGAAGCUUUGGAAUGGUCAUAAAUUGUAUGUCCUACAUUUCAUCCUUGUCCUGGGCCUGCAUUGCACUGGAAAAAUGUCACCACCUGUUCUUAUACCAGUAUUUGGUUCAAGACAUCAAAUGUUUUCAGCCCAUGGCUGAAGAAGGAUGGAAAAGAGUCAGGAUAAAAUGCAUACUGAGGGCAGUAAAAUGAGGGAGAGAGGGAGAUCCAGGGAAAGAGGGUGUUGUCAUGUUCCACUCUCUAUGUCUAAUCUCUUUACAGCAAAUUGGUAAGAUUUUAAGUUUUACUUUUAACUGUUUUUGCUGUCUACCUUCCUUAGGUUUUUUUUCCUCAACAGUUUUAAAAGGAAAAAAGUAUUUUUCUUUCUCCUAUACUGGGGCUACAUAUUUUGAUUGUAAAAAUAUUUGAUGGCCUUUUGAUGAAUGUCUUCCACAGUGAAUAAGAAAACUUAGUGGCUUAAUUUAGGAAACAUGUUAACAAGACACUAUGUUUUUGAAAUUGUAACAAAAUCUACAUAAGUGAUAUACAGGUACAAAGAAUAAAAAUAAAGGUAGCUUUACCUUUCUUAAAUACUUCCUGCCUUAAAGAGAGCAUUUCCAUGACUUUAGCUGGUGAAAGGGUUUAAUAUCUGCAGAGCUUUAUAAAAAUAUAUUUCAGCGCAUACUGGUAUAAUAGAUGAUCAUGCAGUUGCAGUUAAGUCUUAACGUCUCUUUUUGUUUUUUAUAAUGUCUUCAGUCUGAGUGUGCAAAGUCAAUUUGUAAUAUUUUGCAACCCUACAGUUUUUUUAAAUAGAUGCUGCUUGCUAUGUUCUUCAAACCUUUUUGAGCCAUAGGAUCCAAGCCAUAAGAUUCUUUAUGCAUGUUGAAUUCAGUCAGAAAAGAGCAAAGCUUUGCUUAUUUAAAUGGCAAUUCAAGUGAGAUGAGAUGAAAUCCUAUGACAUUAGGCAGAAUAGAACCAUGAAGGAGGACUGGAAAUACACCUUUUCAAUUGUGGCAAUAAAUGAAAGAAUUGGUUACAGUUCAUCUUUGAACAGACAGCCUUUUUUUUUUUUUUUUU